GCCGGACGCCAUGCAGAUCCUUCGGUCGCACCGCAUAGCCACCCUGGAGGAUUUCGUCAUGGCGGAUGGUCGCAUGCUGCGGAGGGACGUGGAGGGCAUGGCGCAUGGCACGGCUAGGGAUGACGCACUGCAGGCCAUAGACCAGCUACAUCAUCACAUGGUGCAUGCCAUGUGCAUGCCAGCACAUGCCACACUGGGUGCUCCAGCAUUGACUCCUUGCUAGGGGGAGGCCUGCCCCUGGCAGCAGUCACAGAGGUCACUGGCGCUGCUGGUGCUGGCAAGACUCAGUUCUGCCUGCAAGCAGCAGCAGUAGCUGCAAUCUCCCCGC